CUCCUCAUCUCAACACUUCAAACAGGACCACCUACAACGAUUUCGUUACGGAGUACGGAGUAUCCGUACCCUGGUUGACCAACGCUGAUUUCUCUGUCAAGUCCGCUGUUGAAUACCUAUCCUUCUUGCCCGCUGAGGGCCUGACACAACAUCCAUUCGAUCUCCGGGAUCCUUUCUUUACCUUUGUUUAUCUCGCACACCCGGGCAACAAUGGCGGACGUACAAACACCCACCGAAGCAUCCCUUUUCUCAACCACGAACCCUACCCCAGAAUACACCCUCCCUGUCUCAAAAGAAGCAAGUACACAAGCCUCCUUGUCCGCAAGCGCAAGCGCAAGCACAAGCACACAGCCCGCUGCAACACAAACAACGAUGACGAUGACGAACGGCGACAACAGCACCGCAGCCAAAUCUAUAUCAACAAGCACAAUGACAAAUGGAAUCUUGCCCGGACCGACACCCACAUCCAUUCCCACCUCCUUACAGCAACAGCAACAACAACAACAACAGCAGCAGCACUCCCUCAAAGCUGUGUCUGUAGAUGAAGAGCCUCCUUUAUUUUCACCGUCCCUCAUCAGUCCAGUGGUAACAUCACUCUUACCGCAAGGUUAUACAAUCCGUCCGUUAAGACGGAGUGAUUACUACGGAGGUUUCCUCGACACACUCCGAGUCCUCACUGCCGUCGGCGAACCCACCCUCUCCGAGUUCAACGCCCGAUACGACUUCAUGUACUCCCGAAACGACACUUACUACAUCCUAGUCAUCUGCGACGGGUCCGGCACCAUCGUGGGGACGGGGGCCGUCAUCGUCGAGCGCAAGUUCAUCCACAACAUGGGCCUGGUCGGUCACAUCGAGGACAUCGCCGUGGCCAAGAACCAACAAGGCAAGAAACUUGGGUUGCGCAUCAUCCAGGCCCUCGACUACGUCGCGGAGAACGUCGGCUGCUACAAGUGCAUCCUCGACUGUAGCGAGGCCAACGAAGGAUUCUACGUCAAAUGCGGCUUCAAGCGGGCUGGAUUGGAAAUGGCACAUUAUUAUGAAACCGCCGCGCCAAAGAUUUAAAAAAACCAAAGGACACACAUACAGCAGUCGGUUUUGCUAUUCACUGCUACGAGAUCAAAAUAGCCCGGAAACAGAGGGAGGCAGGAGCAAGAUGAACGUGAAACAUUUAUCAUUGACGGCGUGCCAAGUCGGAGUAUGAGUGUACUGAAAAGACCAUACGGAAUCUUCUAUUCCUGUUGUGUUUUCAGGUUAUGAAUCGGGACGUUUUACAGUGGAGGAGAGAUGGCGCACGAGCAUGGUUUUCGAGCGAUACCUUGGUUUCUUUUUGGCGUUGCAUUGUGAGCACGGGCACGUGGAAGUGCGCGGGGAGACUCUUUAGACUGUGGCAAGAAACAACUCUGGCAGGCUAUCCAAGGAAGGAUGCUUGGUGUUGGCGAGUAUAGACGAGGAUUUCCAGCUCGGAAGGGAGCAACAAAAUGGCGUGGCAGAGACACAAGAAUCAAUCUUUGGUAUCACAGCGGCACAAACUCUCAGGUACGAGUACUGUCUUCAUAUGAUAUAACGCCAACGGUGCGAAGAAGCGGGCAAAAUGUCCAAGUUGCAGUCAUGAGCUUUAGCAGCCAACCUUCGACGCUGGCUGGGUCUUUUUCAUAGUAUCAACUACCUAGGCAAGAGUCAAGGUUGUGGUAUGAACACGUAGAAGAGCAUGGCGAGGGUGACAAACGUCCCAAGGACUCCAAGAAAAACUCUG